AUGGUUGUAAAACAACUAGACGAGUUUGAAAAGGACAUUGAGCCAUUGGUUUUGGACCGGGAGAUCAGGUAAAUGCUUUUUAUUUUAUUUCACAGUAUUGUUUGCGUUUUUAGGAUCGUAUGAAGUGUCACAAUAGGUAUUGGUAUUUGUUUUUCGACUUUUUGUUUAAAAUUAUUUAAAAAGAAUGUAAAUUACAAGUUUUUGUUUCAGGAAAGUUGUAACAGCAAGUGACCUUCUAUUCAAAGUUGCUGUUAUUUCAUUGAUCGUUACUCUUCUUACAUUGGGGCCAUUUAUGUAAGUUUAUAUACACCUUGAUGUAACUUAUUGUUAAUAUAACUUGUUAUUGAAUGGUUUUUGUUGGUGUUUUUUAAUAUUAUUUAUUGUUUUAUGAGUACUAAUAUUGCUUUUUUGUUUUAGUUAUGCAUCACUCUUCUACAAGGAGGAUUUAAGAGAGAUUUUUGACCGUCAACCCAAUGAUCACAGCUUCGACAGACAUUAUGAUGAAUUCAGCAAGUUCAAAGAGCAGUAAGUUUAUAGUUUUUUUUUCUGUUUAGUUUUUUUAGGGUCUCUAUUAUCUAAUACAAGUAAAGUUUGAUUUAAAAGGAUGAACUUCUUGUCAAAAUUUUAUGUUUUGUCUAUGUUAUGAUAGUUUGUUGAUGUGACCUUUUUAUGGCGUCAUAAACUCAUGACUAACUUAAUGUGUUCAGCUGAUGUUUUAACAGAAUGUAGUAGAGAUUAAUGUCUUUAGAUUCAACAAGGUCUACAACGAUAUUGAGGAAGAGUUGAAGCGAUUCCAGCUGUUCAGAAAGUCAUUGGAGAAAGUUGAAGAUUUCGAAAAAUUGGAAGAUAAUACCGAAUUUGGCAUCAAUGAAUUUGCUGAUUUGAGUGAUGAAGAGUUUCAGGAGGUUAGUUAUAAACUCUUAUAGUUAGUUUUGAAAAGACCACAAGCACUUUUGGUUUAUUUUUUUCAAGUUGGUGGGGAAGCAUGGAUAAUAUUGAAAAAUCGGGAAGUCUUUGAUUUUAAAACUAGUUUUUGAUAUUUUUCAACGUAAAAUGUAAAGUAACUGAUUGUUAUGUUUAAGAUGUUGAUGCCAAAAGACUUCUACACUAAUCUCCGCCGUCGUAGCUCGUUCAUCAAGCCGUACAGUCAUUUUCUGAUGCAUGAAAAGCCAAGAAGACAACACAAGAUGCAAUUCGACAGUGUUUCCCCAUUCCCAGAGCAUUUCGAUUGGCGUGAGAAGGGAGUAGUCACUCCAGUGAAAGCUCAGAAGAAUUGUGGAUCUUGUUGGGCAUUUGCGGCUACAGCUACCGUGGAGACGUCGUAUGCCAUUGCUCACGGUGAAUUGAGGAAUUUGAGUGAACAGGAGCUUCUGGAUUGUGAUUUUAGCAACAAUGCUUGUAAUGGCGGGGAUGAUGACAAGGCUUUUAAGUGGGUUUUUAACGGAAGAUUAGAGUUUUGUUACCCAAAAUUUUAGUUUUGAGAACAUUUCUAUUUUUUAAUACUAAAAAGUUAAAUUUGCUGCCAUUUCGAACCCCAUGUUCACCGUCUUCUUCAGAUUCAUUCACGAAAACGGCCUCAUGUUAGAAUCUGACUACCCAUACCUAGCCCAACGUCAAAACACCUGUCUUCUGAAUGACUUUAAUGGCACCACGACGAAACUGGAACUAGCCUACUAUCUUGCCCCGGAUGAGAAUGCCAUUAUGGAAUGGGUGGUGAACUUUGGCCCAGUGAACAUUGGCAUUAACGUUCCUCCAGACAUGAAGUUGUACAAGGGUGGUGUAUAUACACCUUCGGCUUGGGAUUGCCAGAAUAAUGUAAUGUUUUUGAGAGAUAUCUUAUUGAAUUUGGAAAGGAAUUUUUGAGGGUUUCAAUUGGCAUAUCAAGAAUUAUAGAUUUGUUUUGUUUUUUAAGGUUUAAAAAAGUCUUGUCGUUUUUUGUUAUGCAUGUCAAGGUAAAUUGGCGACCAGACUUUUUUAUUUGUUGCUUUAGGUAAAGCUUUUAUUUUAGGUACAAUCUUAAACUUAUGGGCUUAAAUAAGAGCAUUUCAGGCCAAAAUUUAGACUUAAAAUUUUUGUUUUCAUAAUUUUUUGACCAAAAUUUCAAAUUUUCAUCACUUUUUUAAAAUUUUUUAACAAUUUUAAAAUCUUCCAGAUCCUCGGUACCCACGCUCUCAAUAUUGUCGGCUAUGGCACCUGGGAAGACGGCCAAAAGUAUUGGAUCGUCAAGAACUCGUGGGGACAAAAGUACGGCAUCGAAGAUGGCUACGUUUACAUGGCCAGAGGCGAAAAUUCGUGCGGAAUCGAGGACGAACCAAUUGGAAUCUUGUGUUAA